AUGGCUUCCGAAUCAUGGAAGAAGAAGCCUGCACCUGUUCAAGUGCUGGAGAAAGAUUUGCCGUCUUCGAUACCUCCCCAGACUGGACUCACAUUCAAUGUGUGGUAUAACAAAUGGUCACAAGGAAACAGCGGUGGAAAUCGAUUUGUGAGUCCCUUCAAGCUGAAUGCUGACUCGGACCAGGGCUACACGAAAGGAGACAAGUCGAAAAGGACCUUUUUCUGCCUCUAUUUCACCAAGGGAAUGUGUUGUUUGGGCAAAAAAUGCGAGUAUUUGCAUCAUGUCCCAACCGCAGACGAUGUCGUCAGACUCUCACUGCAAUCAGACGUGAUCGAUUGUUUUGGGCGUGAAAAACACGGCAGCUACAGGGAAGACAUGGGUGGAGUAGGAUCAUUUCGCAAAAGAAACAAGACACUGUACAUUGGAGGUCUAUCUGGCGCCUUGAAUGAUCUAAGUCUCAAAGCAGGACAGGUCGAAAACCGUAUACGGUUUUCGUUCGGCAAAUUGGGUCCUCUGGAGAGAAUACGAUUUGUAGAGACGAAAAAUUGUGCAUUUGUGAAAUAUAAACACGAAACCCAUGCCGAGUUCGCUAAAGAAGCUAUGAGCAACCAAACUUUGCUGAUUCCGUCCGAUAAGGAAUGGGCAAAUCGUCGCGAAGGCACGGGGCUCUUGGUAAAAUGGGCAACCGAUGAUCCCAGUCCCGAGGCGCAACGGCGUGAAAAGCAACAGCAAGAUGAGGAAUCCCUCAAGGUUAUGCUGAAUAUACUCAAAAAACACGAUACUACUGAGUCUACAGCGAACAAAAUAGAAGCCGAAACUGAAAUAACUCCGAACAAGCGACUUUUAGAGAGCGCUGAUGCAGAUACACAGUCAUUUGAAAGCUCCAUAUUUGGUAGUCUUUCCCAAAAUAACCUGAAUAGGCUGAAGAAACUGAAAGUGGAAAAGCCAGCCGAGAAGGUCAUUGAGCACUCUCUUCCGACAAAACUGGUUGAUUAUCCGUCAUCGGAUGAUGACUAG